AUGUUUCGGCAUCCGCCUCCACGACCAUCAAGUCAGAAUGACAGCAAUUCUCUUAAACCACCCAAACCGCCAGAUCGUCCUUUGGUUCCAUAUAUGAGAUUCAGCCGGAAAAUGUGGGCCAAAGUACGCGCAGAAAAUCCAGAUAGUCAGUUGUGGGAUAUUGGAAAAGUCAUUGGUCAGAUGUGGCGGGAUGCUCCGGAAUCGGAAAAAGCUAUAUAUCAUCAGGAGUAUGACAUUGAACGGCAAGAAUAUGAAAAGGCAUUAAAAGCUUAUCACAACUCAGCAGCUUAUCAGCAGUAUUUGUCGGCAAAAAAUCGAGCAAAAGUCAGCGACAAAUCAAAUACAGUUGGCGGUGUGAUUGCCGCUAGUCGCGGCCGAUUGGAUACAGGAGGCGUCGUUAUUCAGCCAGUGGAAGAUGAAGAACUCGGUGAUCUAUCCUCUCGCCGAAUUGCUGCUAUUAGAUUCGAUCGAAAUCAUCGCCUCAUAGCAGAUCUCUUUAGCGGCAACGUUGUUACUGAUACUCGAACAGUUCUUGCUCAGAAUCGCAUCGAAAUGCUGAAGAAGCAAGCGACUUCAUUAGCUUUGCAUCAAAGUAAGCUUGAAGAGGAACUCAAGAAAUUGAGCGAGGUUUUUCAAACAAAAAAGCGUUCAAUGGAGAUUGCAUCGGAAGAAUUUGCUGCAAAAUUGAAAAAAGUAUGUGAAGAAAAACCUCAGCUUGAUGAAGCGAAAUAUGCGUCUAUGGUUGAUGAUUGGUCAGAAAAGUUACUUAGUGCUUAUGAUGACUAUAAAGCUAAACAGGAAGCAUUACGUGCAAAGCAAAUGGUAGAACGAGAGCAGCUGGCAGAAGAAACGCCGAUAUUAUAUCGUCUAACUGUAGGCGAUUCAUCCCCUUCACCCAAGAAUAAAACAGCUGAUGAAGUACAGUCACCGCAGAUAACCACUGAGCAGCAACAGCAUACUACUAGUACCACUGCUACUUCUGUUGCUGACACAGACAUUUCACCUGUUACUUCAUCAAGAACUUCCAUUAAUACCGCAACUGGAGAAGAAACUGAGAAGCUAGCACAAGAUCAUCAGGAACAGCAGGCUAAGGAGGUAUCGAUCAGUGCAGCAGCUUUAGAAGCAUCAGGAGAGAUUUCUUGA